UUCAAAUCUGCCCAGCACUGCAAGCCACUAGCAGAAUGUCACCGAGGACAAGCUUCCUGUUCAUAGCUCUGGCUGUCUGCUGCUUUGCUGCAAAUUAUGCCUCUGCCAUGGAAAGUCCCUUUCUGAAAUGCCGCUGCCCAAAAACGUCUUCAUCUUACAUUAGUCAGCGGCUGUGCAAGAGCAUCGAGAUCAUCCCGGCGGGCGCGCGCUGUCGGCGGAUCGAGAUCCUAAUCACAAUGAGGACUGGUCAAACUGUUUGUGUGGAUCCAAAAGCACCAUGGGUUAUUAAAACCAUCGAGAGGUUGACAGCAGGAAGAACAACAAUCAAGAAGGCCUGAUGACAACUACAGCACCAAUGAAGAGGAAUGUUUCUACACCUUUAAACUAAACUGACCAAGCUGACUUCAUUUC